AUGCCAGAACACACUCCAGCACCAACACCAAGCAGAGCUGUGUAUGGUUUUGUUAUGUACCUUUCAUUUAGAAUAUUUUUCAUCAUUUACGUUAUUUGGGCUGUCUUACCAGAGAAGUAUUUCAAAGCAGUUGGUAUCAUGUUUCUUCCUCAGAGACAUUGGGCAAUAACAGUGCCUGUUUACUUGUUAACAGUGCUCACUACUGUUGCGUUUGUUAUUUAUCCAAGUUUGGGUCUUUGUAUGACGCCAGCAGUUGAUGAUAUGAGGACUAUUAAAGAUAAAGUGGGGAGUAAAAAGAGACAUACUGAGGUACAUUUAGAUGGAGGAAGUAGUGGUACAAGUUGUGUAUGUAAAGACAGAGAUAAAUGUUCAAGGCAAUUAUAUAAUAGCAUACAGCAUACUUUUGUAAAUAACACUAUUCCUGUUUCACGUGAUUUGGAAAUGUGGGAUGUAUCAGAUCACUUGUAUUUAAAUAGUUAGCUUUAGAUAGGUUUUUAUAAAAUAUGUGUUAAGAAUUAAAUAAACUGUUUAGAGGA